CCGCCCCAUCCGCUGUUCUUUUUAAACGAAGGCGGGACUCUUCAUUCACUGUAGUUGGUGUAGUAGUGCUGGAAAGUUUUCCCACUGUACAAGUCGCUGCCAACAUGGUGAGGACUAAAGCCGAUAGUGUCCCUGCGUCUUACAGAAAAGCUGUUGCAGCUUCUGCACCCAGGAAGUCUCUGGGCUCCAGUUCAGCCAACGCAUCCUCCUCCAGCAGCCUUUCCUCCACUCCUGCAAAGAACAAAUAUGCUGGGGGUAACCCAGUGUGUCCACGCCCCACUCCGACCUGGCAGAAGGGCAUUGGGGAUUUCUUUGGUGGACCCCCCAGAAAACCAGAGAAGGAGAACCAGAGGCCUCAAGAGGUUGAAGAUGAUGAAGAAGCUGGAGGCAGCGGGAUGUCUAAAGCCAGCAGGAAAUCCCGACCUCUGCCUGCCCAGGAUGAGGAGGAUGACGACUGAAUGAUGGAGGGAUCCGUUUGUUACCUCUACACAGGCUUUCUAAUGUACAUCUGUAUAUAAUUUCUGUUGAAUUCGUUUUGUAUAGUUUUUAUUAAACUUGUUUUUAAGUGGUUUUACCCUACGGCAUGUUUGUAUCUUCUCGAUGGUGUGCAUCAGCCGCUGAUCAACUGAUUUUUAUUUCUAAUAAAUCUUUCCUGAAAACAAA